UUUUUAAUUCUCUGUUUUAGAAGUUUUUAAUAAGUUUUAAAAUGUCCGGUUAUGAAAUUGAGUCCUUGCUGAGAAAACCCAGUUUCAGGGAUACCAGGUCUCCAAGUAAAUGCUAUGAAGAUUCCAUUAUAAUGGAGAAAAAAAUUCGAGAAAUUGGGCUUUUUUCAGAGAAUGUUGGAUUUACCUUUAUGAGCCUGCUAAGUGAUGAACAAGAAAUGAAGAAUAUCAUCAAAGUUGGUUUUAAAGAAGUAGAACGAGAAAUGCAAGAACUUGAUGAGGCAUUGAAGGAGGAAACUAAAAUACGAGCACAGGAUGACAAAGAUAUUAAGUCCCUGCUGGAGUCCCAGGUAGGGUGGAUAAAGGACGCGCAGGACCAGCUGGAGAAAAGACUAGAAUCUAGAGUGCAAGAUCUAGAAGCGAAAUGUACUGCUAAAAUGGAUGAUGUUGGAGGAAAAAUAGAAAAGAUGGUCGAACGAAUUCUUCAAGAACGAAUGAAAGAAAUGAAGACAAAAUUUGAUGGGCUGGAGGAAAAAAUUAUGGAAAACAUGAUAGGAACUGACCGUAGAAUGGUAAACCUAGAGAGGAAAACUCAAGAAGAAACUAGAAACGCACUUAAAGCUGUGGAACAAAAUAACAAAGUUGCCCUGGAGACCUUGGCUCAGAGAAGUGAGGAUGAUUUAGCCCUGAUAAAGCAAGCAGCAGAAAAUAAGGAAUCAGAAUUCGAUGCCUUGAAAGCUUCAAUUCUAGAAACGCAGGAAAAUGAGACCAAAAGGCUAAAAGAAGAAGGAGAUAAAAUAAUGAAAACAAUUUCAAAGGGUCAGGAGGACAUGAAAACGUUUCAAACACAAGUUGAUAACAAAAUUAAUGUAUUGUCUAAUGAACUUGGUGAUAUUAAGAAUCAUAUUGAAGAUAAAACUGGGGAAAUUGAUGCUAGCAUUGAAGCAAUGCAUGUCAGCUUUAAAGAUAGAUUUGAAGCGGAAAGAACUGAGACUGCCAGGGAAACUGAAGCUAUGAAAAAGCAGUUCAAAGAUGAUUUGGAGGAGGAGAAAAGAGCAAGAGAGCAAGGUUUUAAACAAGAAGGGAAGUCAAGACAAGACUUGAGUUUAAGAAUAGAUGGACUAGGAGAACAGCUGGAGGAGAAAAUAAAUAAAGUAAAACAGGAAGAAAAGGAAUCAAGGGAUCAACUAGCAUUGGAUGUAAACACUUUAAAAGAGGAAACUAAGGCGAAUUUAAGGGAAAUCGACGAGGGAUUGAAUGUUCGAGCUGACGAGCUGAAGAAUGAUUUUGAAAGAAAAAAACAGGAAAUAAUCUCAACACAACACCAAGUAGAACAUGAGAUAAACAAAAACAUGGAGAAAAUAAAAACUGAUUUAGACAUGGAGAUGGAAUUACAAAAAGAGGAAAACAAAGAAAACUUAAACAAAUCAAGUCAGAGGGUUGAUGAGCUGGAAGAAAAUAUAUCUUCACAAAUUAGUUCAAAAUUGCUCAAUCAACAACAGCUCAUCGAAAAACUAGAAAACAAAUUAGAAGCGGCAACCAACUGUAAUCAAGUCCUGAGAGAAAAGGAGGAAAAUAUGGAAUUAGCUUUAGCGGAUAUAAGGCAGGAGCAAAGCUUACCUCUUUCUGUUGCUUUCAAUGCAGUAAGGGAUGUUGAUUAUAUUCUGGGUGGAGAGGAGUACCUUACCUUCUCCCACUGUACAGUCAACUCAGGAGCAGCUAUGGACCCAAAAUCUGGAGUUUUUACUGUACCAUAUUCAGGAAUAUACUUCUUAUCUCUAAGAGAAAUAGGAAGUUUGUAUGACCAAAAUCAUCUGGAUAAUCAUAAGAGUUCAAUGUGUUCUCAGAUUGUGUUGGUUAGUGCUAUAGCUGGAGAUCUGAUUCAGGUUUAUAUGUACACUGGUAGCGGGAUCACAGAUAAGGCGUUCAAUCUAUUCCAAUAUGAUGCAACCUCACAUACAGGAUGUAGAAUAUGGCGGAACUGAAUCAAAUAACAGUGAAAUAGACUCAGAAGAUCAAUAUUUAUUGAAGAAAGUUGGAUUGUUUAAAAAACUUUUGAUAAAACUUGAGAAGGUUGUGA